AAUCAAAACAUGCUUAUAAUAUAAAAUUUAUAGUAUGACAAUUUUAUUUUAUUCAGAUCAUUUUCUAACCUUAAAACAUUUGACUAAAUAUAACUUAAACAGAAAAGGAUAGUUUUCCUUACUUAUCCUUAUUUAUACCAAUUAUGAAUGCGGAGUAUUUUCUUUAGACAACAACUAUACAUUCCUCGGUAUCACUCAUCGAUUGUUUUGGAUAAAUAUAUACAUAUUUAUUGAAUAUAUAUACACAUAAAUAUUGUUAUAGAAACAUAGUGAAAUUCAUUUCUUUAUGGCUGAUAAUUUGGAUCAGAAAGAAGUCACAUCGAAUUCAGAGAAUAUAAAUACACAAUCGAACAUAUCAUAUGAUUUAAAUACGUUAGAUCAAGGUGAUUUCCAGAGAACUGAUCAUAGUUCUUUUGAUAAGGAUGUUAUGAAAGAUAAUAGUGUAGCUCUAGUAGAAAAUGUUAUGUCAAGAAGUGAAGAAAUUGAAACAAAUAUUGAUGUUAACUAUGGAGAUGAAAUGGAUUUUGGAGAUGAUGCUGACCCAACUGAUGGUAAUAAUGAAGACGAUGAUAACGACGAUAGUGAUAGUUCCAGUUCAGGUUCUAGUGUAGCCAGGCUAGUACAAACCGCUCGUAAUUUAGUUCAAGUAGAAAAAGCCGAACAAAUUGCUCAAGAGACAAGUGAACAUUUAACCCUAGCUGAUAGUCAGUUAACUGAUGAAGAAGACCAACAUCAUUCAGUAGAAUUAAGUAAAAGUGAUACUGAUACAGAUCAAUCUACUAAUGUUUUUAACAAACCAACGAUCAAUUCAUCACCAGUUCUUAUUGAUCCAAAUGGUGCAAUUAAAUCUAUGAAAAUCAGUGCAAAAGCCGCCGCUACACUUGGUAUUGAUCUAUCAGAAAAAUCUGAUGGCCUAUUGACUGUACCAUACCAAGUUGAGACGGGUCAACGGUUUAAAAAUAAACAUAAGGAUUAUUUUAAAAAGAAAAUUGAUAAAGAGUUUGUUGGUCAACUACAACGAGCUAAUAAAUAUGAAGGAACACCAAGAGAAUCUAUACAUGAAUCAUUAGAACGACUACCUAUGUUUGAUAAUGAAUCGAAAAAAUCAACAUCAUCUCAGCAAUAUCGAAACAAAAAAUCAGAUGGAUCAUCAAGAAAUUCAUUUUCACCAGCUGAUUUCAUUUCAACUUCACCAAGACACAGUACUACAAUCGGUAGUAUAGGUGGGAAAAAGAAUAAAAUAGGUUUUCAAUUCUUUCGACCUAAAACUUCUGUACAACCUGGUGCAAAACUAGUACAAGUAAAAGAACUUAAACGUAUGAUUCGUGCAGGUAAACCAAGUUAUGAACAAAUACAUAACUGGGGACAUUCAUUUGAAGCUUUAUUGAAUGAUAAAUAUGGACUUGCUUUAUUUAAAGAUUUUCUCAGUACUGAAUUUAGUGAUGAAAAUAUUGAAUUUUGGAUUGCAUGUCAAGAUUACAAACAUACUACUAAUCCAAAAAAAUUGGCUAUUAAAGCAAAUCAAAUAUUUACAGAAUUUAUAGCAGUUCAAGCUAAUCGUGAAGUUAAUUUGGACUCAAAGACUCGUUUGCAAACUGAAGCCGAUUUAUCGAAUCCAACAGUGAAUACAUUAGAAAAUGCUCAAAAACGUAUACAAGCAUUAAUGGAAAAAGAUUCAUAUAGACGUUUUCUACGUUCUGAAGUUUAUUUAACAAUGUUAAAAGAAGCUAGAGAAACAGCUAAAGCGGCAGCUACAGCUGCAUUAGCAGCAUCACUUCAAGAAGCUAGUGAUGAAUUAGAUGAACCAGUAUUUCAAUUAGUACAUUCAACUACAUAUACAUCACCAUUUUCAUUUUUAAGUACAUUUAGUAGUACAUUUAGUGCACAGAAUACACCAAGUUUAACAUUACCUGGAGUAGCAGCCGCUGCAGCUAAAGCUGAUGCUGGUUUAAAUAAUAUUCAAGAUUUACAAUUAUUAGGUUUAUCUACAUCAAGGCAUAUGCGUGAAAAUAAACAAAAUCAUUCAAUUGCAAAUCGAUUUAUCACUAACACUAAUACUAGUACUAAUCUCACUCCUACUUCUUCUAUAGCUUCAUCUUCAAAUGAAAUUAUUUCGGAAUCUAUACAAAGUAAUAUCACUUGUUGUGAAACAGGAUUUACAUCAACUACAUUUACAACACAUACUACUAUUUCUAGUCAUACUUAUUCUACUCAUAAUGUAGCCGAUAGUAAUGACAUCUGUGAUAUUACUAAUAAUGUAAAUACAUAUUUAAAUACUGAAAUGAGUAAUUCUACAAAAUAAAUUUAUGUUAUGAUUACGUAAUAAACAAAGAAACUAUUCAUUCAUUAAAUAACAACACACAUAAUACAGUAAUCAUAAAGAAACCAAUUAAACCAUAUACAGAUAUAUAAAACAGAUCCAAUAUAUAUAUGAGAAUGUCAAGUAUUGCUUAUUUCAGUUUAUAUUCUUCCUGUUUCAUUAUUUCAAUGAUUGUUAUGAUUAUUAUUAUUAAUAUUAAUGGUAUUACUGUUAUUUUUCCACUAUAUUCAACCAUAAGCUAAGCUAAAUUGUCAUUACAUUUUUGUAUCAUCUUUAGUAUCCGACUCUUAGUUAAACUAUCACUAUCUCUAUCUAAUAUAUAUAUGAUGAACACUGAAUAAACAAUUGAAAGUGUAACCAAUUUAGGUUAGAAAUGUUACUGAAACCAUCAAUGUUUUUUUUAAAUAACAAGAGGAUUGGAAAUCCGAAACAUUGAACUUGAUUUCUUUUUCCCCGUUCACUUUAUCCCUCUUUCUUUACUUUGUGUUAAAGUUUUAUUUUCAAAAAAAAGAGAAAAAUGGUAAACGAAAACAAGAGUAGCUAUUUCUUCAUAAGAUUUAGAUUUUGUUUAAUUUUCUUGAUGAUUGUCCCACCAUCUUUUUUUGUGAUAUUCUUUUCAUUUUUUUUUGUUUUGUUUUCUUCCUCCCUCCCAUCACUGAUUUCUUUUUCUCUUUCAAUUUUUUAAUUUGUAUUUUGUUUCUAUCCCUUUUGUUUAUAUAUUCAUGAAAAUUUCAUCAUGUAGUGUACACAGGUUAAGAUUUUGUAAUUUUCGCCCUUGUUUUUUUUCUUUUUAGGAGAAUACAUUACAAAUUUUUUUCCUUUUUUCUUUUGCUUUUGACAAUAACAAUGAAAAACGGUAAGAGUUUCCAUUUUGUUUGCUUGAAUUGAUGCGGAAAAUUUAAAAUAAACUAACACAAAAAAUCAAUAAACUCAACUAAUGACAAUAAUUAUCUUUUCUAUGUACAGAUAUACAGUAUAUGAUAAACGCUCAUAUGAACAAAAUGGUAUAUAUAUAUAUAUCUAUGCAAUGUAUCCAUGACAUUAUUCAUUGCAUAAAACAAUUAAUACAUUUUUCUGAAUAUCAU